CCAAUGGAUUAGUAUACUUGGAGGCAUACAUUUAUUAAACAGGCUAAAGGUCCUUCCUAAGAACUUGAGUGAAGUUCAUCAUGCCUCAUAUGUUUGCAAACAGACAGGACAGUACUCUCUGAGAAUACAUGUGUUGAGAUUUUCUUGCUGCAAUUUCUUCUUCGUUUCUUUUGAAACUGGUAAAGUAUGUAAUUUUUCUCUUGCUGAAUGUAUAGAACAAUUUAGCCGUGGGCAGAUCUACUGAAUCUAGAAAACAACACUAAAGCUGCUGCUUCUGCAGUUAUUGUUAGUACAUCACAGCAAAGCACUGCAGAUAAAAAUUUGCAUUGUACUUUCUGGAAUGGAACUUUUUAGUGGGUGGGAAACAACUAGAUUAAUUUGGAAUUAUAAAUUAAGUGCUUUCCCUCUCUAACUCAUUCUUUAAAAGAUGAAGAUGUACUUUAUAAACUGUCUCUCCUAAAUAGAGAGUAAGUGGUUUGCUUUCUUUUCCUAGAAUGAAUUGUGAGUCUGUAAAAGUGGUGAUAGCAGUGUCAUUAUUUUGUAAGGGCCGGAUGAAGUUGAAAUAGUUUCUGAGGGGGAUGAUCUCACUUUACUCUUAGAAGAGACAAUGAGAAAUUGAACUCACUUCCGAGGAAAUUUCUUUCCAACAGUUGCUCUCUAUUCUAUUGCAUUCUCCACUGAAGGUGAUGCUUGGAGCUGCAGAAGCUUGAGCCACAAGAAAUUUUAGAACUUGCUAAAAAUUGUUGAAGAAGAUGGGAGGUGCAGUGAGUGCAGGAGAAGAUAAUGAUGAGUUAAUCGAUAAUCUGAAAGAAGCACAGUAUAUCCGAACAGAGCUGGUGGAGCAGGCAUUCCGUGCCAUUGAUCGAGCAGACUACUAUCUUGAUGAUUUUAAGGACAAUGCUUACAAAGACUUGGCGUGGAAACAUGGAAAUUUUCAUCUCUCUGCACCGUGCAUUUACUCUGAGGUGAUGGAAGCUUUGGAUCUACAGCCGGGACUGUCGUUCUUGAAUCUGGGCAGUGGCACCGGUUACCUGAGUUCUAUGAUCGGACUCAUCUUGGGUCCUUUUGGUGUUAACCAUGGUGUGGAACUUCACUCUGAUGUUAUAGAGUAUGCAAAGCAGAAAUUGGAUGUCUUCAUCAGAACAAGUGACAGCUUUGACAAAUUUGAAUUCUGUGAGCCCUCCUUUGUUACUGGCAAUUGUUUAGAGAUCUCUCCAGAUUCUACUCAGUAUGACCGUGUUUACUGUGGUGCUGGGGUACAGAAAGAACAUGAGGACUACAUGAAGAGUCUGCUGAAAGUUGGAGGAAUUCUCGUCAUGCCACUUGAGGAAAAGCUGACGAAGAUAACGCGCACUGGUCCUGCUGCCUGGGAAACCAAGAAGAUCCUUGCUGUUUCUUUUGCUCCUCUGAUUCAACCCAUUCAUGCAGAUUCAGGGAAAUCGAGACUUGUUCACUUGCCACCAAUAACUGUCCGCAGCCUACAGGAUCUGGCUCGCAUUGCCAUCCGAGGAACUAUUAAGAGGCUAAUACAUCAAGAAACAAUGAGCAAAAAUGGAAAUGGUCUGAAAAACCCUCCAAGGUUUAAACGAAGACGUGUUCGCCGCCGUCGCAUGGAAACCAUUGUCUUCUUGGAUAAAGAAGUCUUUGCCAGUCGUAUCUCAAACCCUUCAGAUGAUAACAACAACUGUGAGGAGAUUGAGGAGGAGAGGCGAGAAGAGGAGGAAAAGGGUAUCUCUGAACUGAAGCCAGACCCCCCUGUAAACUUUCUGAGAGAGAAGGUCUUGAGUUUGCCUUUGCCUGAUCCCCUGAAAUAUUACCUGCUUUAUUACAGAGAAAAAUAAGUUUCUUUUUCAUAGAAAGCAGAAAGGUAGACAUAAAAAUAAAAUACUUCUUAGGGCUUGACAAAUGUGUACCACUUGCUUGCCUGUUAACAUGACCACACAUGGCAGUAGGCUGGCUAGCUGGGGAAUGUGGCUGCUGUAUUCUUAAACAUCAUAGCUUUUUUUAAGUUUCCUCUCCUUCUUGGUUGUAUGCUAUAGUUUUAUCCUGCAGCAGUGUUCCCUUUUAAAAAGCAAGCUGAUGAAGUGCUCAGCUCCUUAGAGAGAAGGAUAUCAUUCCCUGAAAACUAACUACACAGAGAUGUCUAUUGAAAUCUCUUGGCUGCACUUUCACCAAAUUGCAGUUUUAAAUAUUCUUAGGCAGUGCUCUAAAGACUUCAUUGUCCAUGCUCUCCUACUAACUUUGACACAAAUGGAGUACACAUUUGGUUUCAUUUUUAAACGGAGAUAUUGAUAAAAUCUGACCUGGUAAACCUUAUUUGUUCCAGUAAUCUGCAAAAAACACAAACGUACAAAAUCAGACUUUGGUAGUACUUCGAGGUAUCCAGGUUUUGAACACUGAAACAAAGCACUGGCCACCUUUCGAUUGGUGGGUCUCAGGUUAGCUAUAAACCUUACAUUUUUUUUAGAUUUGAGGGGAAGAGGAAUGUUUGGCAGGGAGUUGGUGUUUCCUUCACAGAAAACAGCUUGUUUUGUAAAAUCCAGUCUGAGGUGAGAUGCAAGCUAUGUAAGGUUUAAAAAGAAAUAAGGAGAGUGAAAUUAAUUUAGAGUUGCUAAACUGAUCAGCUGACUUUCAAAGAUUGCUAGAGUGAUCAAGUUUGUGGCUGUUUCCUCUGGCACCACUUAUAAAGUAAUUCUGAAAAAAUGGGUGAGAAAAGGACAAACCUAGCAAGGAGCUAAACUAAGACUGGUUCUGAUAGCGCAAUCAACAGACCUUAUAUGAGUUAAUGUGUGACUGCUGUGCUGAACAUCGUGUAAGGCAGGUAGUCUCAGGCAUUCCUAGCCUGAACUAAAGGAAGUAGCCAGUGUCCUGGGAAAUGAACCAAACUUUGUUUCUCAGAGGUUGCACAGAAAGUGGAAACAGUCUAGGAAGCCAAAGUGAGUGGUUAUGCUACUGACACAUAAUGCUUAAGUGCCCUGUUUGGGGCUCUGCUGUAGCAAGGAGACUGCAAUGCUGUUCACAUAUACCUUGUCCUUGUAGAUUAGCAGGAACUAGAUUUACAGCCUUACUAGUUCAUUUAAUUUUUGUUUGUUUCUUUAAGUAGCUUGUGUAGAAAGACUUUAUAACCUGCAGUUUCAUGGAGUAUAAAUUCUAAUCUUUAUUCUCAAGUCUUCCUGUAAUGAUGGUAGGAGGAGAUUUAUAUUCAUGUGUUGAGGGGAAGAUUGCUUGAUUAUUUUGGCCUGUUUGAAAAAAUCUGUGUACGGUAUUGGGGCCCGAAGGAAACAAUUGAGGCUGCAUUGAUUUGGAUCACUCAAAGGCUAACUACAUAAUAAUCCUAUCAGUAGAUAAUCCAGCUAUGUUAGAAGGAUAUUUCCUCAUCAGUUGCAGUUGGUGGGUUUGAUCUUGUGCUCAUUUGUAUGGUCUCCUCAACUUGCUAAGAGGAGUGAAUGAAGAUUGUUUUGCCAAAACACGUUAACCUGGACUUCAUUACAUGGUACCGAAUCACACAAUUUGCAUUGACUGAGUUGUGUGUUUUAAAUCUUGUGCCGCACUUUGAAAAUGUAGGAAUUAGUCUGUGUCUAAGCAAUGCUUUUAUGCUCACUCCCUUUUUAAAAGUCUCCAAAUACCCACUCUGUACUUGUGACAAUUAACAUGUCUUUUUCUAUAAAAUACAAUGUAUGGAUGUCCAAUAAAAUCCCUAUGAACUGCAUUUGUUGUGACCUCAGAGGAUAUUAUUUUUAACUGUUAAACAGUCAUGUUCCAUGUUUGUCAUAGAUAUAUGCCUUUCUCUCCAGUGGCAAGACAAUUUUUCACCCUUUUUCACGAUUUGGGCUACCAAUUCCCCCUCUUAUUUAUUAAUUGCAGGCCUUUCUACAGAUACCGUGUAGAAGUCUCCUAUUUUUAAAAUGGUCAAUAACAACUUGAAGUGGAUAUUUAUAUGAAUAAUCCUAUUUGUUGCUUCAGUUACUUUAUCUUUGCAUUUGGCACUGUUUGAUGUUUUUUCCUAUAACUAUAAAAGAUAUUUUGUCAGAUUUUCACCAGAUUUGCCUUUUUUAUUACAUUUGCUAGAUUUUGUAGGGCUCUUUAAAAUGCAUAGAAAAAUAUUUUUCCUGUGUAUGUCUGAAUACAGUAAAUAUACACACAAGCAGUUUGGGUUCUAGGUUGUCAGUGUCCCAUUGUCAAAAUAAAAAACAUGGUAGAAAGUCUAUAUGUGUAAUAUAACUGUGAAAUAGUGUGGUUUGUAGCCUGUAAAUAAAGGGGAAUUGUAAAUAUGAUUUUCCCUGUGCACAAGCACUUGCACUGUAGUUUAGUACAGUAGAUUUGUGUGUUUACUAGAUUAACUGUAGCAUACUGUUUUUUGUAUAGUCCAUACAUUUUAUGGAAAUAUUACCUGCUUUUCUGAUUAGUGUUUAUUUUUGUUUUCCAGAUAGUCUGCAUUUAAAAUGCACGUGACUUUUGUAGAUUUUGAUAGAAUAGUAAGUACAUAAGGAAACAAGCUUCAAACUGUUGAAAUCUUAAGUAUGCAAAUUGAAAAAUAAGUGUGUAAAGCAAUUUUUAUUGUCAUUUCUAAUCUCAUGAGGCAUGCAAAAAUGUCAAGCAAUUGAAAACAAUUUUAUUAAAAUGAGUGUUUCUAUAUCAAUAAAUGCAGUAAUGACUUUUUAGCAUUGCUUCUGCAUCAUGUGUUAAGAAUACUUUGCAAAAAUAAGUAUUAUCAAAACUACAAGAAGAAAUUUCUGUUCUUAGAAAAGACAAUUCUUAAUGCCAAGCAAUUAUGUAGUUUACAUUGAUUUCAUCUUAACUUGGAACAUCAUCUUCCAAAAGCAGCACAAUUGGUGAUCGCAAAUCAGUAGCUAAUGGAAUAGUGGAAGAUAUGGUUGGCAGUUUGGAGCGCACAUGGAAUUGGUAUGGAUUUAAUAAGUACCACAAUAUACUGGCAAGCCAGUUUCCUUAGCUAGAUCUUUAAAAUGUGAACUUAAUAGUUACCAUUCAGGGCUUCUGUCUCACUAGUACUGUGAAAACUCCAUUUCAGCAUCAGAUUAAAUGGAAAAUCUUAAUGCAGCAAGAAGAGUCAACUGCAGGUAUUCUUCAUUAGCAAUAGAUAUAUCUGUUGACCCUUAAGCUACAAUAUGAUGAUGAUGUAUAGAUUUUCAUCUUUAUAUCCUCUGGGUUAGUCUAGACAAAUGUGUGUGUGGAGGUAACAUAUUCUUCUCCGAAUCAAAACAGUAGGAUAGUAUGUAAAUCUACAACUAAUCCCUUCCGUUUCCAUCCACUGCUUCCUAGAAAUACUUUUACUACUUUGAGAAGGGAUGAAUGUGCCACGUCCUACCUAAGGAGACCAAUGUAAUUAUUAUUUGUGUCACAGAAUUAAUUAAAAAAGAAAGGGUCCUGUUUUAAAAGACUGUCUGUCAUUAACAGGUAGGAAGAGUUUCUGAGAAGCCACCUAUUGGUUACAAGUAACUGCUAUUUGCCAUUUUGUCUACUGUAUGUAUGUUAACAUUUAAACUAGCUCUCAAUAAGAGUGUUUUUAUGGCAGUUGCAUUUACAAUACAUCCUAAAUCUACAUUUGACUAGAGCCCAUGAGAAAUAUUUCAAAAGGCGUUGGAGGGAAGCUUUUAACAACUUGCAUAUGCUUUAACUCCACUUCUUUACUAUGAAACGUUAUCCAGGUAAAAAAUGCAUGCUAUCACAGCUCCCUGGAACGUGUCAGACACCACCAAGAUGUUCUUAGUAAGGUGGAAUUUUUGUUCCCGUCUGUUGAGUGAAACAGAGCAUUUUUAAGCCAGAGACUUUUUUCUUUUUUUCUUUUCAAAACUGUAGUCCUGUGUCAUUGGAUGACAAUUGGAUAUCUAUUUAUUUGUGGAUAUUUAUCUAUACAAAAUGUCUCAAAGCUGUUCCUUUUUGUGGUGUCUCAUGUUACAAAACAAGUACAGUAUUUCAUAAUGUCUCAUGGAGUUAAAUGUAUAUUGUCUGAAUUCAGAGUAGAGCUUCAUGAACAGAGUAGAACUUGUUUUGCCAUUGUAUCCAUUCUGGUCUCUGUGAGGCAUUUGAGCGUGUAUAACAGUAUACCAAUUACACUGAAGUUGUGUAAGUAACUUCCAUAAUUAAACCAGAAAAGUUAUGUUCAAAUAUCUACAGAAACUACUUAACUUGCCAAGUUUUCGAAGUUCAUUGAUAAUACCUGAAACUCCACUCAGCCCAGGAAGAUGCUCAGAAAUGGAAUGUAUAGAGCUAUACCAUUCUCUUGUUAUGUACCUGCAACUCCUGUUGAUAUUCAUUUGAGUUGUUUGCUGCUCCAGGUAACCAAUAGUAUGUAAAAUCAACCACUGUCUUGGGAAUCUGAUAAUAGCCCAGCUGAGCCUGAGUAAGGUCAGAAUGUUUCAGGCUUACCCUUUGAUUUUUGAUUUCCUUUGAGACCUUGAGGCAGACCCUUAAUAUCAUUUGAACAUACUUCUUGUGGUUUAAUUUCUUCUCUUAUGGUACAGUACUAUUAAACACAUAUAGGAAAAAUAUGGGCCUUUUUCCAAGGACUUGCUAUGACUUAGCGAUUUGUGUGUAAUAUGAAUUACAGUGUACCCUUUAAAUGCACGUUAAUAAUAGUAUGUGUCUGCAUGCCAUGGAUUUGUAAGAGCCAGUGUUGCAGUAAUUAUAGUUAUACAAACUAAAUGCACAUGCACAGUAGCUACUCCCUUACCAGGCUUUUAUAACUGUAUGUAGAGGGUUGUAUGUAGUGGGCCUAGUUCACACUUUCAGACUGAUAGGACUGUAAAAUUUGUAAUUAACAAAAAUAAGUGUUAACUGAGGGGCGGGGUGUGUGUGUUUGAAAUCUCUCAAAACAAGACCUUCUCUGUGAAAACCUGAUCUUAGUGAUAUUAAUGGGUGCUAAUAUAAUAAAUAAUAGUUGACAAACAAAAA